AUAUUAUCACGUGGACAUGUAUUUCUCCAUUUUGAAUCUCGUCUACCCUAGUUCACGUCGUUCUGAGAUGUUACAUAAAAUUCGUAAAAGCAUGUAAAUCUUAUUUUCUUAAUCAUGUAUAAUCACUCCACGAUUAACGCCAUGUUUGUUGUUGUGGUUCAAACGCUAUGUUUGUAAAUUUCCUAAAUAACGACGCUGAAUAUGACGUCACAAUGUACUGUUUACAUCAAUUGCGUUAUAUUUCCCGCGUUCAAUAUGUAAGAGGAUCAAAUAUCCAAAAUUAGGAUGCUUUGAUACAGAUCCGUCCUCGUACUAACUUCAGGUUGUUUUUGUUCUGUUUUGGAUAUAGAUACCAAUGCCAAAAUUUGUUUGCUUCGCCCUCAAACACGGUCACGCCGUAAAACAUAUUAGUGUUUUUGGCAUAUUGACGCCCAUAGAGGAGAAUAUUAAAUCCAGUAGUCUUGAUGUAAAUCUUUGGCCGUUAUUGCCAAAUCUCAGCAGGACAGACCAUAUAUUUUCAAGGAGGAUAAUGCACCAGUGAAUACAUUUGUGAGACUUGUAGGUGGACAACUGAAAAUGCCAUCAACAUCAUGAAUUGACGCCCACAAUCCCCAGACAUUAACAUAAUAGAGCAUGUGUGGAGACUGUAAAACACCCCGAAAACGGAUUUCUCAUUUAAAACACUGCACAGGACCUGACAAUUAAUGUCUCAGAAAUCUGGACCUCUCUAACUCCAACAUAUAUAAAACCAUUGUAUCAGACUCUACCCAGCGAGUUCGAGUUGUCCUUGCAGUCAACGGAUGCAUUACUAUAAGUGCUGAAAUUGUGGGUGUCCUGUGAUUCUACCCAAGACACGACCAGUACGGGAAGAUAUGAUGAUUAUUUGACUUUCUAGGCUGCUAAUUCUGUUUCGUGAUGAACAGUAAUGAGAGAAUCUCAUCGGACACGAGUUGAUUUUUGCACUGAUUAGGUACCAUCAUCAGUUAGAUCGUCCUCCUUGAGAUAAAUUAAGUCUUAUCAUUGCUACAUGUACUUAGCGCAUCAUGGACCAGCACAUAGGACGAAUAUGGCGUGUCCUCAUUCGCUCUCUAGAAAACACAUUGAUUAGCAAUCCAAAACAAUAAACAUGUCAUUUGCAGUGUAUAUUUAGUGCAGUUUUAGUGCUAGUUUUUCUAUACAUAUUCAGCCAUGUUAUGUAAACGUUUUCUUUGUCUUGGGGAAAGGGACCUGUCAACCUGAAAAUUUCUCUGUCUAAUUCUUUGUGCUGUUGGUCAUUUCACAGCUUUUUAGAAUUCUUGCAUUUGGCCUUGUAUGUGGAUUCGACACUUACAGAUGUGGAGUGUUGUUGGAAUCUAGUGUUUUAUAUGAAUGAGAGAGAGAGAGAGAACUCACGACCAGCGGAACAAAAUCUAGCAACGUUUGACCAGCGCGCUAGACCGUUCGACCAUCUAGGCAUGUCAAAAACUUGCUUUCGAUGUCGAUGGAAAUCAUAUCAAAUUUGAUUGAAAUUCCAGUAUACUCUUACAGUUAGAGAUUGUUUAUUCCUCAAUUCAGUGUAUCAGUGUAUCAUAUAUGUUAACGAAGAACAUUAUUAAUAUAGGUCGUUGUUUUCAUAGUGUGUAGCAUGCGAUAUUUGUUUAAGUAGUAUCUGUCUCUUGAAAGAGACGCGGGUUAUGUAAAAAAUUUGAGGUUUAAAUAACCAACAGUGCCGUGAGAGAGAGAGAGAGAGAGAGAGAGAGAGAGAGAGAGAGAGUUAUUAUUUAAUGUCUUUAUACAUGUAUAGCAAAAUAAAACAUUUAACGAUUCAGUGUCACUCAAUGUCACAUGUAAGGCGACUAUAGAAUCAUAUGAUCCAAAGAUUACGCUUUUGUUGUGGGUUGCUUUUAUCACCUUACUGAAGUAUAUCUGUACCUUUAAUCCAAUAUAACUUAUUCUCGUUAGGUGAUGGUGAGGAGAGGGUGGAGUAUAAUUAUUACACAUCAUAAUGAAGAGAGAAGAAACGUUUCCCAUUUUGCGUGAAAGCAAUCUUCGAGACAACCAUGUGAGAGAAGCGUGGACUUCAGGAAAAACAGGGAGGUUUCAGAUCCAUGCCACUACUCGAAAUGUGUUCAUUGCGAUUUUAAACGUAUUGUCAAACGUUGCUAUGAAUGUGAGCUUACCGGUGUUUGCUGGAACGAUGAAUGAAAUAGGUGGAGACUCUUUUGUUCUCUUACUGAACACGUGUGUCAUCAUUGGUGUUCUUUUUGUCUUGACAACUUUGUUUGCCAAAUACGCCAUAGACAGUUCGACCACUUUCAAAUUGACCUCAAGUUUGAAGAUAAUUUUAGCACUGGGGCUCUUCACUGCCCUUAAUGGGAUUCUAGUUGUAUUUGCUAGUCCGCCGAAUAGGACACCGGGUUAUCUACAGGGGAUUUUGUCAACAACAUCUAUUCCAUACACAAUAAUAUGUCGGCUUAUAUUCCUCAGGAAAGGCAUAAGUGUCGUUCGCGCACUUUGCACGUGCUUGGUGAUGGCGGGACUGUUUAUCACAGCUGAACCCCAAAUUUUUGGCAUCAACUCCGAUGAAGAUUCGAACACCGCCGAAGAAUCUACUUCCGCACGAAUUCUAUGGCCCCUAUGUUUUGCUUUAGGAUUUUUACCUAUCGGACUAAUGAACGUUAUUUGUGAAAAGGAAUUAAAAACAAGCGAGGUAAAAUCGUUCAACUUUAUCAUGUGGUCACAAUUCGCUCAGAUUAUCUGUAUGGUGUGCUUGUUUUGGGUUGAUUUUAUCCCAGGAUUUGGAAUGGCCAGCUCUUUUUCCGAGUUCUCUACCAGAUAUAAAAGGGGAACAACAUGUUUGUUCAGCACCAGCUCCGACUGCAAGGGUCUUAUAGGAAAAUCGUGGAUCUUUUUCGGUGGGUACACGUUUGCAAAUCUAUUCCAGUUUCUUCUGAUAGAAUACGCUGAAGGCGCUGUGUUUGCUGCCGUGGUCCAGUCACUUGUAGGUCCCAUAGCCACGAUAUUUUGGACAUUCUUUGAAUUUAACCAGAAGGAGAACGUUUUCCGAUGGCACCCGGUGUUUAACGAAACGACUGCUUUCACUGCAGCAGGGCUACUCUUAAUGGUACCAGGUGUCAUGUUAUAUAACUACUACAGCAACAAAGAGGCAAAGGAAACGGCAAAGAACGGGUCUCACUUGUAUACAGAUCCCGAAGUAUCAGUUAAUAAUGUACAAGAUUAGUGUGACAAUGCCGAUAUUUGUUCUUUAUCUUGAAUAUACAGUGUGCUAUGUAAUGUUGAGCUAUGUUAUCUUCAUUAUUGAUUAUAUAUGUAUCAUCCUUAAAGUCAUGAACCUUUAUGAACUCUCUCAUA